CCCCCUUCCUCCAUACUCUUGCUUCAAAUCUACAAAGCUUCACAAUACUUUGUUGCGUCGCCCCGUCUCCUUUAAUUUCCCCGUCUUUAAACCAAAAAAAAAAAAAAAAAAUGGCUCUCAAGGCUGUCCAUGUCUCCGACGUCCCCAACCUCGACCAGGUGCCGGAAAAUGCCUCUCUGGCGCUCUAUUCCACCCGCUUCUCCAAAGGAGUGGAAAUGGGCCGGGUGGCAUCAAGGAUACCCAAGUUUCUGGUGAUAGGACACAGAGGGAAUGGUAUGAACGCGUUACAGUCGUCGGAUAGGAGAAUGAGAGCCAUUAAAGAGAACUCCAUCGCAUCCUUCAACUCAGCUGCCAACUUCCCCAUCGAUUUCGUCGAAUUUGAUGUUCAGGUAACCAAAGAUGACUGCCCAGUCAUUUUCCACGACAACUUCAUCCUCUCCGAAGAAAAUGGGACUGUGUUUGAGAGGAGAGUAACGGAACUGUGUCUGUCGGAGUUUCUUUGCUACGGUCCACAAAGAGAGGCAGGAAAGGAAGGAAAAACUUUGUUGAGGAAAACCAAAGAUGGUAAAAUAGUAAGAUGGGAUGUUGAAAAAGAUGACUCUCUCUGCACACUCCAAGAAGCCUUCGAGCAGGUUGAACCUUCCCUGGGCUUCAACAUCGAGUUGAAAUUCGACGACUGCAUUGUUUACGAACAGGACUAUCUCAUCAACGUCUUUCAAGCCAUCUUGCAAGUGGUGUUUAACUACGCCAAAGACAGGCCCAUCAUCUUCUCAAGCUUCCAACCCGAUGCUGCGCUGCUUGUUAAAAAGUUGCAGAGCACCUAUCCUGUUUUUUUCUUGACAAAUGGUGGGACGGAGCUUUACUAUGAUGUGAGAAGGAAUUCUUUGGAGGAAGCCAUAAAGUUGUGUUUGGAGGGUGGUUUGCAAGGUAUUGUGUCGGAGGUUAAGGGUGUGUUCAGAAAUCCUGGGGCACUGACCAAGAUCAAGGAGGCCAAGCUUUCACUCCUAACAUACGGAAAGUUGAACAAUGUGGCGGAAGCUGUUUACAUGCAGCACCUAAUGGGAAUCGAGGGAGUGAUAGUAGAUCUUGUGCAAGAGAUCACGGAGGCUCUGUCGGAUAUGAUUAAGCCAACAACAGCUGAAGACGGGGGGGACAAGAAUCUGUUGGAAGGAGACGGGAAGAUGCAGAUGCAGGUGAAAUCAAAGCCAGAGUUCUCGCAGAGGGAGCUUUCUUUUCUUUUGAAGCUGAUUCCAGAGUUGAUACAGCUCUGAUACAAGGAUUGCCACUUGCCCUUUGCUUGUUUCAAAUAUAUUUUCUCUUUUUCUUUAGGGCCUAUACUCAUCACUCAAGUCUGGAGGUUGACGCAUCUUAUUCUAUGCUCGUUGUACAUAAUUUGGUCUUGUUUUAUAUAGCACAAACGUUGUGCGCUCCUCCAUUAUCCAUCCAUACGUGUAUCUCAGAAAUUCUAUGUUAAUUAGUUGAGCAGCUUAUUUUCUUCCUUCUUCCAA